AUGACAAACUGUGUUGUUUUCACGCUGAGCCUGAUGGCAGUGUUCACGAAUGCCAGCCCGCUCAACACUCCUCGAGCGGCUGUCAAACCCGUCAUAUCAGGCCAGCCGCAGUACAUCGGUCUCGUGGAAGACCCAAAGCUCAACCGCGACUCGUGUACUUCUACUCGUAUCGGCAACCGAGACUUCUGGACCUGCCGCGACUCCAUGUCGUACAGCGCCAGCAGCCUUCCCAUCUGGACAAGCACAGCGUCCUGGACCAACACCAACCUAGAUGGUACACCUAUCGUCACUUAUAGCAAUAUCACCUGCUACGGCGACAACCCAACAUCCUACUUCCCCUCCGCCGCAGACCAAUGUGGCCCCCACGGCUACUGUGGCGGCGACAACCGCUGGGUGCUCUGGCCCGACACGCGUCCACUUCCCGUCUCCGCCGACAACGGGGUCGUCAAGCUCUAUACCUGGAUCCGUAAUGUGCACAUCAAACUUCCCCUAGGGCCAGUCAUCAACGGUGACGCACCUAGCACGUCUCUCUUCCGCUCAGACUACGACGGAAAAGGCGCCAAUUCUCUUCCAUCCGUGGAGCUCGUCAACAAGGCCUUCUACCCCGUCGGUGCCGUCGCCUUCGGCAACUACGGCUGGGUCAUCAGUCCCACCGACGGCUUCGCCUACCUCUACGGCGCCAUGAAAGACGGGAAAGUCGCCGUGGCGCGGGUGGAUCCCAAGCGCAUCGAGGAUCUGUCGGCUUAUCUGUACUACUCCUCCGCUCGUGGAUGGUCGAAUACACCUCCCUCAUUUGCCGAGACCAGCGCUGCUAUACCGAACGCAGGAUCGGGACAGCAAGGGACGUAUUACUUCUCGUCGUACUUCUCGUCGUAUGUCUGGAUUGGCAUGCAGGGUGGUGACAACGCUGAUUUCUACAUCACGACCGCACCGGAGCCGUGGGGACCUUGGGAGCCGGUGGAAUUGCUGUGGAGGGCCCCGGUGGGGACGAAUAAGUUUGGGUUGGUGGCGUAUUCGACUCAGGCGCACCCGGAUAUGAGUGAGAAUGGGGGGGAUGGAAGGGAUAUCUAUUUAAGUUAUACCAGGAUUGAUUUGACGUUCCUUACGCCGCUGUAUCGACUUCAGUGGGCGUAA